AAUGUGCUGCUGCCGGCCAUCAAGAAGAUGUCUGAUCCGGACUGGAUCAACCUGCUGCUCAUCGGGGGGUUUUCCAAGAAAUCUCGGGGUGAGAAGCUCCGCUCUGCUCCACCCAUGCCGGAUUCCUUGUCCGUCCCGGCGCAGUCGGACACGACUCCUGUCGGGCUGCCUCCCUCCCCCAGGGCUGGAGAGGGGCUCAGGAGGGAAUCAAGGGUGGCUGGUGAGGAAGGAGAUGAUCCAACAAGCAGGUCCUGCCACACAGAAGAGCCUUUCCUCCGCCCACGAGUCCUGGGCUCCCUCUUCCCUUGUGAGGGUUUGGACCUGGAAUCUCCAGCACCCGAUCCAAGCCAGGACACUGACCUGCUGGCACCAUCACCUGCAGGGGAGCUGCUUGAUGAACCCUCCCAGGACACCUCUGUGCUGGAGGGAGCAGCCACUUCAGAGGAUGGCACAGGGGACCUGGAGGAGGGCACUGCCCCCAGCUCGGAUGCUGGGCUGCUUCCCACCUCUGCCAUGCUGAGCUCCUGCCCUGACAUCCAGAUUGAGCCAGUGGUGGAGAAGGAGGAGGAAAGCCCAGUCGUCCACAGGAAGUUUUCCACACGGAGACCCUCCAGCUUAGGCAGAGAUAUAGGAGCAGCAGAGUGUUCAUCACAAAACCCUUCAGAACCAGGGCAGGCUCUGUCCCUGCUCUCAUCCUCCCCAACAGCCUCCAUGAGCACCUUCAGCUUUGAGCCUCUGAGCAGCCCUGAUGGGCCAGUGGUCAUCCAGAACCUACGGAUAACUGGGACCAUCACUGCCCGGGAGCACAGCGGGACUGGCUUCCACCCCUACACCCUGUACACCGUCAAGUAUGAGACAGCCCUGGAGGGCGAGGGGGCAGGCAGCCUGCAGCAGGUGGCUUACCACACCGUCAACCGCCGCUACCGCGAGUUCCUCAACCUGCAGACCAGACUGGAGGAGAAACCAGAGCUGCGCAAGUUCCUCAAAAAUAUCAAAGGGCCAAAGAAACUGUUCCCUGAUCUCCCAUUUGGCAACAUGGACAGUGAUAAAGUAGAAGCCAGGAAAAGUCUACUGGAAUCUUUCUUGAAGCAACUGUGUGCAGUGCCUGAGAUUGCAAACAGUGAGGAGGUGCAGGAGUUCCUCGCCCUCAACACUGAUGCCAGGAUUGCAUUUGUCAAGAAGCCCUUUGUUGUCUCCAGGAUAGACAAGAUCGUUGUCAAUGCCAUUGUGGACACCCUGAAGACAGCAUUCCCCAGGUCGGAGCCCCAGAGCCCCACGGAGGAGCUGAGCGAGUCUGAAGUGGAUGGGAAAUCCCAGACGGAUGGGAAGAAGACGAGCAAGUCCAGGCUGAGGUUCUCCUCCAGUAAAAUCACUCCAGUGCUGAGUGCAAGUGAAGCUCAUGACAGGAUCAUGUACUCCAUCAGGGAGGGAAGCACUGUCUCUAGCACCCUGUCCCUGGCUGCUAUGGAAUCUUUCAUCCAGAAGCAGGAGAAGCUGCUGGAAGCAAUCCCCAGCAAAGCUCCUGAAGGGGAGGGAGGCAGAGAAGCUAAGGAGAGCUCUGUGCAGGAGGAUCCGGAUGGGUUGGACACAUCAGAGCAGGGAGCACAUCCCGACACUGACUCUGACUCUGAGACAGCUUUGGCUGACCUGGCCCUGGACGUGGUUCGACUGGUGCUGGUGGAUCACUGGAGUUGGCUCUGCACAGAGAACAUGCAGAGAGUCUUCAACCUGCUCUUCGGGACCCUUGUUCAGAGGUGA